AAACAGUCUCCCUUCAAGAAUCAUCCGACAGAGAGAGAGAGAGAGAGAGAUCCCACUAGACUAGAGUUUAAAAAAAUGCACAGAAGAAGGGACAAUCGGCGCUGGCCAGCACACAAAACCGUUACACACUCUUUUCCCUUCCAGGUUAAGAUUAAACAAAGAAGAGAAGAAGAAUAAGAUUAAACCAUUACCAGCGGAUGGUGGUAUAAAUGCGAAAGAUAGAAUUUUUUUUUAACAAGAUUACUGCGGGACUAGUGGUAGGAUUUCUAUGAGCUUAAGCAAAGGCUUUGCCCCUUCAAAUUCGUGGGAUUUUGAUUCCCCCUUUAUUUGACCGACAAUUCAGCUAUGAUGACAAAGUGACUCAUGUGAUCUGGACAUUAAGCUUAGUAAAUACAGGUGCUAUUGCAUCUGUAGCUUUAUAUUCGUAAUCUGCAGCAGAUAAGAUUGAUGUGCAAUGCAGAGAUCACGUAGAGCUCUUCUACAACGAAGAGCUUUGGAAAGGGCUAUUUGUGGGAGGAAUCGCUUGUGCAAGGUUUCUGUUUCUGUUUCUGUUUCUGCCGUAGUUGUUCUCUGGGGACUCGUGUUCUUUUUGAACAUAUGGUUUGGGCAAAGUGAUAAUUAUAAAGAUGGAUCCACAGAUUUUCCUGUUAGUGUAAGAAUCUGGGAUGGUGACAAAAGAGAACCUGAUGUGGGGCAAAGUUCUGCUUCACCUGAUGGCAGGAGUUCGUUAAGGGAAACUCCUUCUGUGGACUCUACUGAGGCUUCAUGUUCAGAAGCAGCUGGAACUGAAAAUGUAAAUGGUAAAUUAGAAGAUUUGUCGAAUGAUGCGAGUCCAGAUUCACGUUUUCAGGAGCAAGGGUUGGGUGGAAAAUCAGAUCUUGCCACAACUUCAGUAAGAGAAGAUCCAAUAUCAGAUAGAUUUUCUCUUGCAGUACCUUUAGGACUUGAUGAAUUCAAAAACAGAGCAAUCAGUUCCAGGAGUAGAUACAUGAGCAGCCAUGCUGGGAGCAUUAAACAUAGAGUUGAGCCUGGAGGGGCCGAGCACAACUAUGCUUCCUCAUCAAAAGGAGCUAAGGUCUUAGCAUCCAACAAGGAUGCCUAUGGUGCUUCUAAUAUCUUAAGCAAAGACAAGGACAAGUACCUUCGAAAUCCAUGCUCUGCUGAGGAAAAAUUUGUUGUAAUCGAACUCUCAGAAGAAACAUUGGUUGACACAGUUGAAAUAGCAAAUUUUGAGCAUCACUCAUCCAAUUUAAAAGAAUUUGAGUUGCUAGGAAGUCAAGUUUAUCCAACUGAUACAUGGACUAAACUCGGAAAUUUUACUGCUGGAAACACAAAGCAUGCUCACAGUUUUGUUCUUCCAGAGCCAAAAUGGGUUAGAUACCUAAAAUUGAAUUUGCUCAGUCAUUAUGGUUCAGAGUUUUACUGUACGCUCAGUGUUUUCGAAGUGUAUGGCAUGGAUGCUGUUGAGAGGAUGCUUGAGGAUCUAAUAUCUGUUCAAGAUAAGGUGAUUGUGUCUGAUGAAUCACUUAGCCGAGAGACGCAUAUGCCCCAUCGUCCAGUACCAGCUGAAGGUGACAGUUAUCAUAACGUUGAUAGUGAAGUGGAACCUGAACUUGCUGUUGGGCACUCUGACACGAAACGAGUGGUAACAACAAUUGAUGUUCCAGAUCCUGUUGAAGAAAUUCGUCAGCAUCAGGUUAACAGGAUGCCCGGGGACAGUGUUCUCAAGAUUCUUAUGCAAAAAGUACGCACACUGGAUUUGAAUUUAUCAGUUCUAGAGAGAUAUCUUGAGGAGCUCAAUUUCAGAUACAACAAGAUCUUUAGAGAGUUUGACAGAGAAAUGGGAGAAAAAAAUGUACUUCUGGAGAACAUAAAAUCAGACAUAAGGAGUUUGCAGGACAGCAAAGAGGCUAUGAGUAAAGAGGUCAAUGAUCUUGUGGCUUGGAAAUCUUUUGUUUCCAUGCAGCUGGAUGAUAUAGUCAGAAGUAAUGCUGUCCUCAGGUUGGAGGUGGAAAAAGUCCGGAGGAAUCAAGUACAUAUGGAGAACAAGGGCAUUGUUAUUUUUCUUGUAUGCUUAACUUUUGGGUUCUUUGCACUUGUGAGGCUGUUUGUAGAUAUGGCGUUGAGCAUGUAUAGGUCGCAGAAUUCCGGGAAAUUUUGGUCAGUAGGUUCUUCCUGGUUUCUUCUACUACUGAGCUGUAGCAUUACCAUUAUCAUUCUGUCGUUGUAAUCGAUAUAAAGCACCACCUAAUUUUUUCUAGAGAGUGUAUAUAUUAAUUAUGACACCUCAUGCCUUGAGGAAA